AUGGAGUUAGCUUCAUCCAAUGUGUCCAUACUGUAUUCUGCUGCUCAAUUUUUGGAGAUGGGAGAAUUUAGUAAUAGUCUCGAAACAUCGAUCUCGAAGCGACAUAUUGAAAAUUUUCUAGAAGGGAUUCGAUUUUGGACUUGGUUUGAGCUCAUGGAAGCAUUGAAACAAUGUCAGAAAUUUUUUCAUUCCAAAGGUUACUUAGCGAUUCUCGACAAAAUCAUGGAUGAGUUCAUAGAAAGGUUAGCUUCUCCAUGUACCAUUACAAGUCCAUACACAUGUUCUUCAAACAGAUCAAGUUUCAAGCUUUCUUGCGACACAAGUAGUAUCAUUAGCUUCUCCGAAGCUACAUGGUGGUUUGAACAUCUUUUGUUUUUGAAGAUUGAUUUGUUGGAGAAUGUCAUAAGGAAAAUGAUAUAUAACGAUUUUGAUCAUUACGUUGUUUCGAAGUUUCUAUUCUAUUAUCAUAAUUCGAGUUGCGUUGAUGCUUCACUAGAUGUUAAGAUUGAGACAAUGAAGGUUGUGAUCAAUCUUCUUUCAUUGCUUGACAACGGAUCGAUUUCUUGCAAGGAUUUAUUUAAUCUUAACCGGGUCGCGAUUAGUUUGAAAAUAGGAAAAUUUUGUAGAAACAAUAUAGAGAGUCUUAUAGGUCCUAUUUUGGAUCAAGUAACAAUAGAUUAUCUACUUCUUCCAUCUCCACUUGGGAAAGAUUAUGCAUAUGAUGUUGAUUUUGUUUUAAGGGUUAUGAAGAUUUUUUUGUUAGGAGGAGGAAGUUUUGAGUUGAAUUCGAACCGAGUUAAGAGAGUUGUUAAAAUGAUGGAUUUGUUUCUUGUGGAAGUUGCUCCUGAUCCUCAUCUUCAACCUUGUGAAUUUGAAGAACUGGUUAUGGUACUCCCAGAUUCUGUGAGGGAAUCACAUGAUCAAUUAUAUCUAGCCAUGGAUAUGUACCUAAAGGUUCAUGCAGGAAUAGAUGAAAAAGAAAAGAUGAAUAUAUGUUGUAUACUAAACCAUGAGAAGCUGUCACAAGAUAUUUUGAGACAUCUUACUAGAAACCUAGUAUUUCCUUCGGAAACAAAACCAAGAGCUCAUGUAACUAGACAGAGUCGAAUGAAAACAUUACUUCAAGAAAACGAUCAUUUGAAAAACUUCUUUGACUCCAUGUUUGGUAAAAGCAUCAAGAACAUAGAUGUGAAAGAGGAUGUUGUUGAAAAGGUAACUUAUGAUGGUGAAGAGGUAAAGAAAUUUGGAGAAUUGGAAGGUGGGACCCAUCUGGCUUGUGUAAAGAAGUCAGGGGUUCAUACUAUGAUGAACAAUAAUAUAUAUUUGCCUAAAUUCUGUUCAUGA